UUCAGGUCCGAAUGCAUCGAAUCAUCGAAAUUCGGUCUGAAUCAUCGCUGAACCUUGUCAGGUGCAGCGAAGUUCAUUGCACUUCAUCCCUACAGCGAAGAUUAUCGUGCAGAUAGGCUCGACCAUGGUUAUUAGUUAGUUCAACCAUUAGUUCAAUCAUGGGCUCGACGCCCGCAUCUCUCUCAUGCCGUCUGAAGAAACAUACCAACAUUCAUUCUAUGAAUUUUGUUAUCUCUAAUAAAACUUCUUAUGAAUGCCAGCAUCCCAAUUUUUUCAGGAGGUUGAAAAAUAGUUAAUUUCAAAUUGAAUGCGUUGCAUUAAGGCACCAAUGUUGACAUAGCUAGUAACCGAUAGGAAUUGGUAAGAAUCGUUUAUUAGGAGAAGAUGGGUCGUAUCAAAUUUAAAGUAGCACUCUUAUGGAUAUUUUUUGUAUUCGUCUUCUUUAUAUUAAAGAAUGGUGACCCGGCCUGGCUGCAAUUCAACGAGAUAGAGACUGGUCCCAAGUGGCGGUCUAAAAUGCAGGUCGAGCAACAGCACCGACGACUACACACACAGAAAGCCUGCCAAUUGCUGGGUAACUCGUCUAAAUACGCGAGCCUGGACGAGAUGAACAGCAGCCACCUCUUGUGGUUGAUGCGUCGGCGCAUGAUGACGUGUAUCAAUAAUAAGGUGGGUUCAACGUGGUGGGUGAACUUGUUGCUGCAGGAUUAUUUUGACGGGGAACCUUUGCUGACAGCCUACCGCUCCCCACACUACAUCGCCGAGACCGUCCUCGGCCUGUCGCCAACAAUUAGCAGCUUCGAGAUCCCCGAACUACUAGAAAGCGUCCGCAGCGUUAUAAUCGUCCGACACCCGUUCGUGCGACUCGUGUCGGCAUACCGCGACAAAAUAGAGUCCUGCGUCGACAAAGAUGACUGCUACGCCUACGAAUUCGGCUUCACGCGAGAGUCGGUCCCGCGCAGUUUUAGCGCCUUCGUCGAGUUUCUAAUUCGCAUAAUCCCAGAAAGCGGACCUUUUCGUGGCCAGCUCAUCGACGACAUUGACAGUCACUGGCUGCCGUAUUACAUAAACUGCGCGCCUUGUGAUAUUAAGUACGACUUCACUGUCAAGAUGGAAUCUUGGCAGGAUGAUGUUAGAUUCGUCCUAGAAAACUUCAAUUUCACAUCUUUUAGAGAAAACGAACGCAUUAAUGCUUCUAAUGCCACCCACGUUGCACUCGAAUAUUUUAAGGACGUCGAACCACACUUAAUCAGCAGCCUGUACUCGGCAUACUUCGCUGACUUCGAAAUGUUCGGUUAUAGCCCUAACGGCUUUUAUAAUAUUUAUAAAUAGUUUGAUAUUUUGUUAAUGGAAAGAAAAACACAGAUAAUUUUCAUGUUUUUCACGUUAUUAUAAUCCCAACAAAGUUGAGUUAAAUCUCUGGCAUCUGUUACCGAUUAAAUCUUCGGCGCUCUUCGAUUUUCUCACAAGAAAUUGAGUAAUAAGGUGUAAUGUUGUAUGUAGGCUGCAAAUUCCCUACUUGUAUUCAGACCAUAGAGAUUAAGUAUACCGGUGCUGAUGUAGGCCGAGGAUGGUAAUAGUAGCCUUGUCAAUUCCGGCUUGCGUGUUGGUGCCUCGCUUACAGGGGAUUACCUGACCAUCGCCUAGGUGAGCUAUAUUUAGAGUUACUGUUGAAUACCGUUACUGUGUUAUGCGUUACCGUGUUCCGUGUUAAUUUUACUGUGCCUUAGUGUGUGUUUACUAUAGGUGGCUUAUAUUGUAAAUAAUUAAUCUGGCGUCAUGAAAAGCCGUUGGUAGAAUAGACAUUAGGCGUAUUAAUUAACAGUGUAUUUACUAUGCUUAUUUCUCUUCUAGGAUCAAGAGCUUUGUCCCUCAGUUAGCUCGCUCUCUCUCUCCUCCGCGUCUUAGUUCAACAACAUUAGGCUACUUGUUGAACUUCUUAGUUAAUAAACCUUGAACUUG